AUGAAGGUCACGGCGCCCGGAACCCUCCUUCUGCUGCUCUCGGGGUCCCUGGCCCUGACCGAGACCUGGGCGGGCUCCCACUCCAUGAGGUUUUUUUACACCGUCGUGUCCCGGCCCGGCCGCGGGGAGCCCCGCUUCAUCUCCGUCGGCUACGUGGACGACACGCAGGUCUCGCGGUUCGACAGCGACGCCGCGAGUCCGAGGAUGGAGCCGCGGGCGCCGUGGAUGGAGCAGGAGGGGCCGGAGUAUUGGGAAGAGCAGACGCGGUGGGCCAAGGACAGCGCACAGAAUUGCCGAGUGAGCCUGAACGACCUGCGCGGCGACUGGAACCACAGCGAGGCCGGGUCUCAUACCUUACAGCUCAGGUUUGGCUGCGACGUGGGGCCGGACGGGCGCCUGCUCCGCGGGUACAGGCAGUCGGCUUACGACGGCGCCGAUUACAUCGCCCUGAACGAGGACCUGCGCUCCUGGACCGCGGCGGACACGGCGGCUCAGAUCACCCGGCGCAAGUGGGAGGCGGCCGGUGUGGCGGAGCGCUGGAGGAACUACCUGGAGGGCACGUGCGUGGAGUGGCUGCUCAGACACCUGGAGAACGGGAAGGAGACGCUGCAGCGCGCAGACCCCCCAAAGACACAUGUGACCCGCCACCCCAUCUCUGACCGUGAAGUCACCCUGAGGUGCUGGGCCCUGGGCUUCUACCCUGAGGAGAUCACCCUGUCCUGGGAGCGUGAUGGGGAGGACUUGACCCAGGACACAGAGCUUGUGGAGACCAGGCCUUCUGGGGACGGGACCUUCCAGAAGUGGGCGGCUGUGGUGGUGCCUUCUGGAGAGGAGCAGAGAUACACGUGCCAUGUGCAGCACAAGGGGCUGCCUGAGCCCGUGACCCUGAGAUGGGAGCCGCCUCCUCAGUCCAUCAUCCCCAUCAUUUGCAUCAUUGCUGGCCUGGGUCUCCUUGGAGCUGUGGUGGCUGGAGCUGUGAUCUGGAGGAAGAAGCGCUCAGAUGGAAGAGGAGGGAGCUACACUCAGGCUGCAAGCAGUGACAGUGCCCAGGGUUCUGAUGUGUCUCUCAAGGCAG